AUGUCAGAGCCGGGAGCAUAUCUUGAUCGUGUCUUGUAUCCCGAUCUGCUCGGAGAGCAAUUGGUUCUGGCAAAGCCCAUCAGUGAGGCGGCCGCCCCGGCCUGGCGGCGUGGCCUCGGGGCUCUGCAGCGCCUGGCGCGCGAGAGGGUCUCGCCGGACCUUGUGGGCUUCAAUGCCGCCCUCUCCGCCUGCGAGCGUCGCAGUCGCUGGCCGCUUGCAGUGUGCCUUGCUGGAGAGAAAGCUUCGACGGAUGCAGUGACCUGCAAUGUGCUGCUGAGCGCAGCCGUCCGCAUCUCCUGGCAGCGAGCGUUGGCAACAGUUGCUCGAAUCGAGGUGGAAGGCAUCCAGCCAGACUCUGUGACAUACAACACGGCCGCCCACGCCCUCCGCAAGGAAGACCAGGACCAGCUCCAAGCUCAAAUGAAAUUGAAGUUUGGAGGCAUCCGGCGUGGCAAGGUGUCAUUCGCCGCGCUGGCGGCCGUGGCACGGCGGAGGCGUCAUUGGUGCCAGGCUUUGUAUCUGCUCCACUGCAUGGAAGCGGAGCAGGUCGAGGCAGAUGCGGUGAGCUGCGCACUCGCUCUGCGUUGCUUGGAGGACUGCAGCGAGUGGUCCUGGGCCAUGCUGCUGUUGCAGCUGGGCUGUUCAGGCUGUCCAAUCAGGCAACGACCCGGCUUGGACUCCACCUGCCUCAAUGUGGCCCUGUCGGCUGUGCUUGCCGGAGCUGAGGCGCCGUGGCACCGGGGGCUGUGCCUUGUGGCGUCUGCACUCCAGCACGGUCCCGCGCCGGACUCCGUAAGCUGUAGCACCGUCGCCAGUGCCUGUGCACGAGCAGCCGUUCCCGGCGUCGCACAUCGCUUACUGCGAACGUUGCAGUUCUCGGGCGUCCGCCUCGGGACAUCGGCCUACAACGCCUUCAUGGCAAGCUCCCGCGGGCACUGGUCCCUGGCCAUGGCGACGUUCAAGGAGAUGGGUGAGAAGGCGUUGUCCCGGGACACCAUCACUCUCGGCGCUGCCGUGGCAGCGCUCUCUGCCGACAGCACAGCUUGGGCGAAGGCGAUGUACUUCCAGAGGCAUCGAUUGAACGCGCCCGCGACAACAGCCUGCAGCACGGCCUGCUCCAAUGCCGGUGAGUGGGGCCGGGCCUUGGCGGUGCUUUCGAAGCUCGCGCAGAGCGGACUUCAGGAGGACCAGAAGACACGGACCGCGGCGGUGGCUGCGGGCGGGUGCCAGGGUUGGCGUGCGUCGCUGGAAAAGCUGAACUUUGUUCAGGCCUUUCUGGGCGAGCGGGAGCUGUUCUGGGACUACCUCUACUUUCACUAUGUCUAG